AGAGGAAGAGGAGGAGGAGGAGGAAGAGGAAGAAGAAGAAGAAGAAGAAGAAGAAGAAGAAGAAGAAGAAGAAGAAGUUUGCCCUCUCGAAUAUGGCGAGGAUGAGUCGUGCUGGAGUAUGAAGCUCUUUGGGCGGAUGGUGUAGCGCUAUAACGCUCAGCAACAUUUACACCCAAGGAGUGUGUGUCCCUGCUCUUACUGCCCCACAUCAUACUUCCAUCAUCCUGCACUGCCUGUGGAAGUGUCGCUCCCCUCCGUCGCCUGUUGUCAUGGCGCCCAAGGACAUCAUGACCAAUUCCCAUGCCAAGUCCAUCCUGAAUGCCAUGAACGCCUUGAGGAAGAGCAACACUCUGUGUGACAUCACCCUGAGAGUGGAGAACACAGAUUUUCCUGCCCACCGUAUCGUACUGGCUGCCUGUAGUGAUUACUUCUGUGCUAUGUUCACCAGUGAGCUGGCAGAGAAAGGGAAGUCCUUUGUGGAUAUUCAGGGUCUCACAGCCUCCACCAUGGAGAUUCUGUUGGACUUUGUUUACACUGAGACGGUGUUGGUUACUGUAGAGAAUGUGCAGGAGCUGCUUCCUGCUGCCUGCCUGCUCCAGCUUAAAGGUGUGAAGAGGGCUUGCUGUGAUUUUCUCAACAGUCAGCUAGACCCGACCAACUGUCUGGGUAUCCGAGACUUUGCAGAUACACACAACUGCGUUGACCUGAUGCAGGCAGCAGAGCUUUUCUCGCAGAAGCACUUUUCCGAGGUGGUGCAACAUGAAGAGUUCAUGCUCCUCAGUCAGAGUGAAGUGGAAAAGCUCAUCAAAUGUGAUGAGAUUCAGGUGGACUCUGAGGAGCCAGUGUUUGAGGCGGUGUUAAAUUGGGUAAAGCACAACAGGAAGGAACGAGAGCCAUACCUGGCGGACAUGCUGGAAUACGUGCGCAUGCCUCUGCUCACGCCGCGCUACAUCACUGACGUCAUCGACUCCGAGCCUCUUAUUCGUUGUAGCUUAGCCUGCAGAGACCUUGUGGAUGAAGCCAAGAAGUUUCACCUGAGGCCUGAGUUACGCAGUGAGAUGCAGGGGCCUCGAACACAACCCAGAUUAGGUGCCAAAGAAGUGCUGUUGGUGAUCGGUGGGUUUGGCAGUCAGCAGUCACCCAUUGAUGUUGUCGAGAAAUAUGAUCCCAAAACCCAGGAGUGGAGUUUUCUACCUAACAUUGCACGAAAACGCCGCUAUGUUGCCACUGUUGCCCUCAAUGACCGCGUGUAUGUGAUCGGAGGCUACGAUGGUCGGUCACGUCUCAGUUCAGUCGAGUGUUUGGACUACACAGCAGACGAAGAUGGAGUUUGGUACACCGUCGCCACAAUGAAUGUUCGACGAGGCCUGGCUGGAGCGACUACGCUAGGAGAUAUGAUUUACGUGGCUGGUGGUUUUGACGGCAGUCGGCGGCACACCAGCAUGGAGAGAUACGACCCGAACAUUGAUCAGUGGAGCAUGCUGGGGGAUAUGCAGACAGCCAGAGAAGGAGCUGGGCUUGUAGUGGCCAGUGGACUUAUCUAUUGCUUGGGUGGUUAUGAUGGUUUGAACAUCCUUAAUUCAGUGGAACGCUAUGACCCACACACCGGUCACUGGACCAGCGUCACUCCCAUGGCCAACAAACGUUCAGGUGCAGGAGUGGCUCUGCUAAAUGACCACAUUUACGUGGUUGGAGGGUUUGAUGGCACAGCUCACCUGUCCUCUGUAGAAGUGUACAAUAUCCGGACAGACUAUUGGACUACUGUGGCACCCAUGACCACUCCACGCUGCUAUGUUGGAGCCACCGUGCUUAGGGGACGACUGUACGCCAUUGCAGGAUAUGAUGGCAACUCCCUUCUCAGCAGUAUUGAGUGCUACGACCCUGUACUGGACAGCUGGGAGGUAGUGACCUCCAUGGCUACACAACGUUGUGAUGCAGGCGUUUGUGUGCUCAGAGAGAAAUGAAAACAUGGCUGCCAGAACCUAAACAGGCAAAGACUCUCCUGAAUCGGAUUUUUGGAGUAUUGCUUGCCAGCUAACGCCUGUGACUGGUCUACAAUGUUGCCAUGACUAUGUGCCACAUGUGACUAUGUGUAUUAGCAUGGAAGAGGAAGUAGCAUGGCAGAGGAAGCAACCUGGAAACAGAUCACAUGAACACCCCUUUCAUUAUUAUACUGUAAUAUUAAAUUCGGACCUUAGUCGUGUUGCCAUGUUUGUGAGGAGCACGCUGUGUUGUCUGCCCUCAACCAUCCAUUACCCUGGGGUUCUGUGCUGUCUGAGGUUAUAUGUGAGGUUCAUGUGGAUGAAGUCUACAAAGUGCAAUAUUUUAAACUACUGAUGUGUUAAAGACUGAAAAUGCAGAAGUACACUAUAACGUGUGCUUCAUAUUUCAACACAUCACAACACCGGCCUUUGCUAUGAAGGAAUACAAGGUAUGAUUGAAAAUAUGGACAUGUUAGGAUUGUAAAGGAAGACAUCACUUCUUCUGACUGGAAAUGAACAAUGUACAAGAUUUCCAUGUUGGCACCAAUAUGUCUUCUUCACUGUCCUUUCCUGCUUUCUUGGUGUCCCAGUCUGUACUAAGAGAAGUAAGAACCCUACUCAAUGCCUCACGUUUAAAGGUGCAGUAAGUAGAAAUAAAUAAAUGUGAAGAAAAUAUUAUUAACACAGCUAGAAGUGUGGAAUAUGUUUUUGUUUUGUUUUUAAAUCCAGGAUGUUUCAAGCCUUUUCCACAGUUACGUAACUGUGGGGGGGAAAGUCACUUGAUGUACCUUUAAAUCAUUGGAAUUGCCAUAAGGUGAACAUCACUAUCAUGUAUGUACUCGAUUUUAAUCGUGAAUCUGAAUGAAUGUAUGGAUUUACUUAAAUGUUUGUUAAACACAGAUCUUGAAUAUCUGUUAAUUAUUUGUAUUAUGAACUAUAUGCUCAUUUUUGAGUGACCAAUGACAUUUGCUGUUGUGUAAUGUUUUGCAAAAUGUAUGGUGCCAGGACUGACAUAAUUGUAAGUUGAAUAGUUUACCACCAAGUGUAAUAAAAUGUCUGUACUUUGGUCUCAUUAAAGUCCCUAUGGAAUUGCUUAAGAGCUAUGA